GACAAACCAAUCAUGAAAAGUGUAAUAUUGUUGACUAUCCUUUCCGUAGGAUCUUAUUCCUUGGCAAGUCCUGUAAAAAUUGAUCCAAGGAUCGAUUGGCGCAUUGUUGGUGGCUCGACGGCAGCUCCUGGCCAAUUCCCUUUUAUAAUUUCCCUUCGAACAGCAUCAAACUCUCACACUUGCGGAGGUUCCCUGAUUGCCAACGAUUGGGUCGUUACUGCCGCCCAUUGCGUCUACAAUGCCCGUCCUACAUCUCUGAGUGUUGUCGCAGGAAUCAACCAACUAAACGCAGAUGCACAAGGUGUUCGCGCCUCGAUAUCCAAAAUCAUCGUUCAUCCAGAUUACAACCAAAACAUAAUAACCAACGACAUUGCCCUCCUUAAACUCGCAAAUCCCAUCCAGGAGACUGAUUUGAUAAAAAUUGUAAGUUUGGAAAGUAAGGAAAACGAUGUUGUGCGAAACUGCACUUUGAUUGGAUGGGGAAGGACUUCGUAUCCUGGAAAUAUUCCCAACGAUUUGCAAUUUCUCAAUUUGAAAACUCUCACUUAUGAACAAUGCAAAUCGGCUUGGGCUACUGAAACCAUCGUUCAGUCUGAAAUUUGCACCCUGACACAGACCGGUGAAGGGGCCUGUCAUGGGGAUUCAGGAGGUCCACUUGUUGAAGAAUCCGGGGAAAAGGUGAACCUGAUCGGUUUGGUGUCCUGGGGGGCACCUUGUGCACGAGGAGUGCCUGAUGUGUACACAAGAGUCUCAGCUUUCUUGCCUUGGAUUAAAGAAAACACAAACAUUUAAAUAUUGCCAAAUAAAGAAAGACUGUAUUAAA